CUUGAAUCGCCACCCAAAGAUACUCCCGCCCGCAUCAGGCGUGUUGCAACUACAUCAUGAGCCUCCUCGACAUCGGCGCGCGCUGCCAUGCCUGCGCACUAGUCGACUUCCUCCCGUUCUCGUGCCCCGGCUGCUCCAAAGUCUUCUGCAGGGAGCACGUGCAGACGCACGACUGUCCUACACCAGCGGCUGCACGUCCCGAGUGGCGGAAGCGAUUGCGCGGCAUCUGUGCGUACGGCGGAUGUGACGAAGAAACGAUUGAGAGUAUCGGCGGCCUGGAGGGUUCAGCAGACGAUGUCGCCCGCGAGGUCAGAUGUACCUGCGGAAACGCGUACUGCGUCAAGCACAGGAGCCAAGAGGCGCACGAAUGUGGCGCUCCACGCGCGUUGCAUGCGCGACAGGUUGCGGCUGCGGUGCGGAGGGAGAAGGCUGCAGAGGUUCUGGCUAGGCAUUUCCCGGGCCAUACAAAGGAGCGCCUAGGUAUCCCGAAACAGGUAGACCGGACACGGACGGGGUCGCCGCCGCGCUCCGAACAGUCAGGCGCUGCUCCGACCGUCGCCGCCCCUCCGCCGCCUAGGGAAUCUCCAGUCCCACCUGCCACUCUCACCGCUGACGACAAACUUUACAAGCUGCACCAAAUCAAAACACGGUCACUAGCGCGGCCCCUCGAUCCCAAGGUGCCCCGAGAGGAGAGCGCAGCGAUCGAGUUCGUGGUCGACGAAGGCGGGACCCGCCUAAGAACUUGGCUCGCUGGCGAGGGCAAAUAUGCACCAACAUCUGUGGGGCAAGCAAUGGUGACCGGCAAGCCGGAAAGGGUGUGGGUUCCGCACGUCAUGCCCGGCGGUAAGCUGUUCGACACGCUGGUGGCGCGCACCAAGAUGUCUAGGACUGGCAUGCCCAUCACCGUACUCAUCGUUUCACCCCGGCCGGGGUCACGCACUGCCACUGCCCUCGAUCUGACUUGCCCCGCUGGCCCGCAGAUUGUAACCGGCGAUAUCCUCGUGGUCGUGCGCGGUUGGGAGUGA